AUGUGUCGUUUUGGAAGACGCGCCGUGCUGCGUGUUGUGUUUGCCCUACCGGAGGCGGUGGCCUCCGCCGAAGCGCGGCGCUUGCAAGGCUUCAAUCGGCAACCGGCGGACCGAACCUUGUUGCUUACAUGGAGAGGGGAGCAUGCAGAGUCCAGUGCAAGGUCUGACGUGCGGCAAGGCUACUUGGAGGUGAAUGAGACGGUACGGCCAAGGAUCCUUAAGACCUUCCAGUCCAAAGAAGAUGCAGAUGUUGGUCGCUCCUCCAUGCGCUAUAGCUUUCUCAUGGGCAACGCGCAUUUCUGCUUGGUGCCUCGAGGCCGAGGAUGGUGGACGGUGCGGCUCUUCGAAAGUUUCUACGCUGGAUGCAUCCCGGUCCUGUUGAGCGACGAUGUAGAGCUCCCCUUCCAAGAGUUUCUGUCUUGGGAGACCUUCUCAGUGAAGUGGCCCAUGGAUCGGGUGGACUUGGGUCUCUACGAGCACUUGCAGCACUUGCAGCAGGAUGAGGUGAAGUUGGAACGGCUCCACCGGAUGGUACGGGAGGUGGCCUGUUGGUUUGAUUAUUUGCAACCGAUGGAGGCCUCUUGCUCUCCUUAUCAAGGCUUUUUGAAGCUACUGGCUUUGUCCACGUCACGGCAAGUUCGAGAUCCACCCGUGCUACGCCGAUUCUGGUUCUAA